AUGCAACAGCCGAAGACGCCCCCGAAACCGAGGGUCCAUGCCCCAGAAACGUCCAAGCGCCGGACGCUGCGCCCUGUUAAGGCUUGGACCCGUGGCUCCAUCGAGGUUCCCGCUGGAGGGGCUGUCUUCCUCGCGAAGUUCUGUUUUGAUUGGAGACCUGAUGCAAGCUCCACAAACGCAGUCGGAAAGAUUGAGGCAACUUUGCACUCUUCGAAGCCAGCAGAAGGCUUGAUGAAGUUUGUGCUGUUCGACGACGAAGCCAAGUCCUAUCCUGACGCUUCUGAUGCUGCCUUGCGGGCCUUCGGCUGCGAGUCCGAAAGGCUGAAGCGGGCUGCACGCUGGACACAGGUUAUCAAUGCAUCGGAAUUGGUAUCGGGAAAGACACCAUUCGCAGACAUCUACGAAAAAAUCCGCCCGCGAUGGUGGUAUGCUGCAAUAGUUGAUUGCUCCGGGCAUCCCAGAACGAUCGACUACAAUGUGCACAUGACGAACGUGAAGCUCGGCUUCCUUGCAGAGUUCUCGUUCGAUCGAGUGGGGCUUGUUGGUGUUUACAUCUUCAUGGGGGCGUAUUCGUUUCUGGCCGCCUGCCAGCUGAUGGCCUUGCUGAAGCGGAGCACCAGCGCAAAGACACAGCAUCCGAUCCGGUUGAUGCUUGGGAUAUGCGUUGGGGCUGCUGCCGUUGGCACGCUCUGCGUCCUGCUGAACACCCUAUGGUACGCGUAUCACGGGGAGGACCAGGACAACCUGUAUAUGGCAGCAAAACUACUCAAAGCCGGCUCCAAGUACACCCUUCUCGCAAUCCUCCUCCUGCUCGCUCGCGGCCGCUGCAUCUCUGUGCCGUUGCACGUGCGAGAUCUGUUGCAAGAAGCGCGCAUCUUGGUGCCGCUGUACAUCGCAAGCGUGACGCUGGAGGUUUGGGGCGAGUUUGCGCAAUCCCGGACGUACACGACAGACUCGGUCUACCGGACAUACAUCGGUGACGUCAUCAUUUGCAUUGACAUACUUAUUCUCGCGCUGUACCUUCGAAACUUAUGCCGCUCUUGGAGUGCCGAGACAGACACGCCCAAGCGCAUCUUCUACAGAACAUGGGGCUUGACCUAUUCGGGUGCCUUCCUACUCUUGCCCAUCUCCGUGGUCAUAUCGCAGUGCGUAGCUCCUUGGGUACGAUCUGAAGUGAUCUUCUUCGUGUCCAACACGACUCACUGUUUCUUCCUGGGCUUGCUGAUUAUUGGGCUCUGGCCCGACUACGCCCAACCCGCCUUCUGCAUCGACCACCCUUCAGCCCUGGCCACCACUUUCGGUGUGAAGACGGAGCUGCUGACGGCGGGCGAACAACGAGAAGAGCUUGACGGGCCAAAGGAGCUCUCGUGGCGAGGCUGGCAAGGUGACAUGGAGCUUAAAGCCUGA